UAUAUAGCAAACCUUACAAAAUCAUUCUCUCACAAAACGCAAAUAAUCUCAAGAAUGGCGAGAGCAUCAUCAACAGAAGAGGAAGCUGUUUCAGCUGAGGAAAUGUUGGCAGCCCAAGCGCAAGUGUACAAUGUGGUGAUGGGGCAUAUAGGAACCAUGUGUCUAAAAUCCGCUAUCGAGCUCAACAUACUUGAAAUCGUCCAUAAUGCACAUGUUCUAUCACACUCGGAUCUCCUCUCGAAACUACCCAACGUCCCACCCUGGAAGUCCCCCUUCGUUCAUCGCAUCAUGCGUCUCCUCGCUCAAAUGGGUUACUUCAAGAUCGGAAACAAAGAUGAAGAGGUACUGUACUCUCUCACUCCUCUUUCUAAGAUGUUCCUGCUCAAAAACAAACCUCUCAGCCUCUCCCCAUACCUUGGCCUGUUAACCCCUCCCUGGACAAACGUAUGGUACUCCCUAAGCGACUGGCUGCAGUCUGAUGGCAAGGGAUGCAUGUUUGAGUUCGAGCAUGGCAAAUCUACGUGGGAUAUUGCGAGUCACAACCCUGAACUCAACUCGGGUUUUAACGAGGCUAUGGCCGCGGAUUCACGUGUAAUUAUGAAGGCAGUGGUUGACCAGUGUAGUGAGGCUUUCAAGGGUUUGCAUACCCUUGUCGACGUUGGUGGGGGCACCGGAACUUCUGCACUUGCCAUUGCACAAGCACACCCAGGCCUGAAGUGCACCGUCUAUGACCUUCCUCAUGUUAUUGCGUCUGUGCCCCCGAACUCGCUCAUUGAUGCUAUCAGUGGGAACAUGUUCGAGAGUAUUCCACAAGCUGACGCCAUAUUUUUAAAGUGGAUAUUGCACGAUUGGACUGAUGAAGAUUGCGUCAAAAUACUUAAGAAAUGCAAGGAUGCCAUACCUAACGGAGGAGGAAAGGUUAUUAUAGUCGAUUUUGUGUUGAAUGAUAAUAAGAAUUCCUCGGAGACAUUCACACAACUAUUAUUUGAUGCUAGUAUGAUGGCUUAUACUGAUGGAAAGGAACGCACUGAAUAUGAGUGGAAGAGAAUAUUUCUUGACGCAGGUUUUACUGACUACAAAAUUACUCCUAUUGGAUUGCGCUCCUUGAUCGAAGUGUUUCCUUAAAUUGUCCCAAACUUUAUCCCGUAUAUUGAAGAUUUUUGUAGUACUACUACCUACUACCUACUAUAUAUCCAUGUCUCUAUGCAUACAAGCAUAUAUGUACUCCCAAAAACUCAUUCUAAAUAAAAA